AUGGCGACCUGUUCCUUACCAAAUAUUUUAAUAAUUGAAAUAGCAGCACUUUUCAAAGACUCCGAAGACCAAAAUGUUUCUAUAAAAGUCGGUCAAGGCAACAAUGUUAAAACUUUUACAGCUCAUUCUGUAAUUUUACGUGCGAGAUCGCCAUAUUUUAAAGUUGCUUUUUCACAAUUGUGGGCUCGUCAAGAAAAUGGAAUCAUCUCAAUGGAUAAACCAAAUAUACGGCCAGUUAUUUUUGAAAAGAUUCUCGGUUAUAUUUAUACCGGCGAAAUUAUCUUACCUUUAGAAAGCGAGGAUAUUCUAGAUAUCCUUAUCGCUGCCGACGAGCUAAUGCUUGAGGCAUUAAUUAAUUCAAUCCAGAACUGUAUUGUUUCUGAAGGGAUGAAUUGGAUUAAAGAAAAUUUUAUCAAAGUUCAACAACUUAAAAAGGAUUUGAAAGCUUAUUAUUUCGCCCCUAAAUUGUAUCCUAAAGAAAAAAUGGAAGGGUACGCUCCUAAACGUAGCAUAAAAGUGGAUAAUCUUAUGGACGUUUCUGAACGUAGCAGGAACAUGGCGAAAGUUACGAACGCUUAUGAACAUAGCGUGGACAUAGAUAAUGAGGAAUACGAAAUAACAAGCCAUAAUCAUCAAGUGGAAUAUACCCCUAUCGAACAAGCAUACUCCCGAAAGAAGCAAAGAAAGCCAUAA